AUGACCUCCACGUCGUGCCUGAGUGCCUGCACCGUGACCACCGCCACCAUCAAUAACGACAGUGUGGUUUGCAGCGGCAGCAGCAAUAGUAGCAGCAGAAACAGCAAAAAAAGCGGCGACAGCAGCAACAGAUGCAGCAGCAGCAGCUGCUGCAACCUCUGUGUGAGGUCACCUCCGGGCAACAGGCUGAAGCAACCUUCCAAGUCCCAGGGAGUUCAGAUGUGCUUGCCAAAGAAGCAGGACCGAGUGAGGAGGAUGGUCGUCUGGGGCAUCGAGGUCGUGGAGGAGCUGCACUGGAAGGGCUGGGAGCUGGGGAAGGAGAUGACUCGGCAUCUGGCCCUGAAAAACCUCUCCUUGAAAAUCCAGAAGAUCAGUUACAGGCCUCCCAAGACGAAGUUCUUCUACACCGUUAUCCCUCAGCCCAUCUUACUGAGUCCAGGCAUCACCUUCAACCUCCCCAUCUUCUUUCGGCCUCUGGAGGAGAAGGAGUACAUGGACCAGCUGUGGUUUGAUAAAGCGGAUGACUCGUUCUGUGUAGACCUGAGGGCCAUGCUGCCCCGUCACAAGCUGAUCUGCCCUGAAUUCCUGAAGCUGCCCAUGUGCGCCGUGGGGGCCAUGGUCGAGGCCUGGUUCUGCCUGGACAAUGUGGGGGACCUGCCCACCUUCUUCAACUGGGAGGUCUCCAACCCAUUCCAGAUACAGCCCACCACAGGGCUACUGGAGCCAGGUCAGACCUGUCAGGCCAAGGUGACCUUCCAUCCACUCAAGACUGCCACCCACGAGAUGCUGGCUAUAUGCUGGUUUGGGGACAAGGGCGAUCAAAAGACUAGCAUCCAGCUGGAGGCUUUGGCCAAGUGUGCCCAGCUGGUGGUGACCCUAAAGCAGAAGCGACCUGAAGACCAGGACGCCGAGGGCUGCCAGAAGGUGCUGCACUUUGGCUCUGUCCCUGUGGGCUGCACCGCCGAGAGGCAGAUCAUGCUGUUUAACCCAACCAUGGUGAGUGCCCCCUUCCGGAUCGAAGUGGUCCCAGACAUGCUGAUCAAAGACCGGGCCUUCUCGUGUCACAUAAUGAACGGCAUCGUGCCCCCGGGAGAGAAGAAAUGCGUGUCCCUGUUCUUCCACCCCAAGACCCUGGACGACAGAACCGUGGACUACGUCUCCAUCGUGCCCGCUGGCUGUGCCUCCCACAUUCUGCUCAAAGUCGUUGGCUUCUGCAUAGGUCCAGCGGUGGCCCUGAAGCACGACUACGUCAACUUCAGCUGCAUCGCCCUCGGGUCAAGCGCCGAGAGGUUCCUGUGGUUGGAGAACCAGGCCGGCUGCACGGCCUACUUCCAGUUUGACAUCGACUGCAGGGAGAGCGUCUUCGGCAUCAGACCCGCCUUCGGGACGCUGGCAGGCAAGGCCCGCUUGGCCCUGCGCUGCACCUUCCGACCCACCCACCCCAUCAUCUACUUCCGGAGGGUGGCCUGCCUCAUCCACCACCAGGACCCCAUGUUCUUGGACCUGCUGGGGACCUGCCACUCAGACAGCACCAAGCCGGCCAUCCUGCAUCCCCAGCACCUCACUUGGUAUCGCACCCACCUGGUCCGGGGCCUGACGCAGUACCCACCUGACAUCUUGGGCGCCAUGCUGAGGGAGGAUAAGUUGGAGCAGGAUGAGAAUGGGGCCCUCAUGAUCCCUAACGAGGACCUGGAGGACAAGCAGCCCCCGGAGUACUCUGACAUCCCCCCUAUGAUGGAGUACAUUUACGACGGCACUGGCGACAUGACCAUCUUCCCCCCGCCCAUCAGCAUAGAGCCUAUGGAGGUGGACUUUGGGUCCUGUCCAGGGCCGGAGGCCCCCACCCCUGUCUCCCUGUGCCUGAUGAACCACACCAAGGGCAAGAUCACUGUGGUCUGGACACGCAGGCCUGACUGUCCCUUCUGGGUGAGCCCAGUCACCUGUGACGUGCCCCCACUCAAGUCCACCGCCCUGCGCCUCCACUUCCAGCCGCCUUACGCCAACUGCCUGUGCAUGGCGGAGCUGGAGGUCUUUGCUGUCUACAAGGUCCUGCAGAACUACAAUAACAUCGAGGAGGAAUGCACCGUGUGCCCUUCCUGGUGUCUGACGCUGCCGGUGCAAGGCCACAGCUACUCGGAGGCUUUCGAGCACCACAUCCCCCAGUACUCCCUGGAUGCCCCCAAGCUAUUCCCCCCUGUGCCUGCCGGGGAGCCCUCCUGUUGCAGCCUGCUGCUCAUCAACAAAAGCUCCAUGCUGUUGACCUUCAACCUGGAGUCCCAAAGCAGCCCAGACAUCAUGCUACGACCCACCUCGGGCCUCGUGGCCCCCGGGGCCCACCAGAUCAUCCUCGUCUGCACCUACCCCAGGGGCAACUCUUGGAGAGAGCACGUCUUCUACCUGCUGUUCAACUCCUGCUCCCAGUAUGUUCAGGAGGUGCACAUGCAGAGCCGAGAAGAGCCGCUGCAGCUCGACACCUGUAAGAACAUCUUCUUCAAACCCACCUCGGUGGGCUGCUCCUCCACCAGCCCCUUAACCCUGCACAACCCCACCCGGCUGCCCCUGGAGUUUGAGUGGAGGGUGUCCGAGGAGUACUGCAAGAUACUGGCUGUCCAGCCCGCCCGGGGUCUCAUCCAGGCCAAUGAGACCACUACCCUGAUGUGGAUCUUCAGCCCUUUGGAGGAUCUCAAGUACCUGUUCCGGGUGGGAAUGUGGGUCUGGGAAGCCGGCCUGCCCCCCAACACCAAGCCCACCACCACCACCCACUCCCUGCUGCAGCUAGCGGGCAUGGGCAUCACCACCAGUCUAUCUGCCCAGGAGCAGGAGCUGGACUUCGGGAACAUACUGGUCAACAGCAGGCCAUGCCGGGAGCUGGUGCUCCUGAACCAGAGCAAGUGCACGCUCCACUACCGCCUCUCCCUAGAGCAGAGGAGCCCGGAGCUCUCCGCCCACCAGCACCCGGCAGAUCUGCAGCUGGAACGCACAGAGGGGAUCAUGCCACCCAACUCCCAGGACAGCGUCGGCCUGAUUGCCUGCCCCACGCGCCGGGCCCAGUAUGCCUGGACCAUCCGCUACUCGCUCCUCUCGCCCAGAGAUAAGAAGGCUGGGAAGAAGCAGGAGCUGUGUCGGGUCUCCCUGAUGGCUGUGUACCCCCUACUCUCCGUCCUGGAUGUCUGCACUAUGGGCAGCGCCGAGGGCAUCACCCGGAAUCACCUGUGGAACCUCUUCUCCCUGAACACCUUCAACAGCUACUUGGAGCGUGACCCUACGCCCUUGGAGCUCACCUACAAGGUGCCCGUCCGGCACAGCAUGAGCCAGACCCCCCCUAUCUUCACCCCUCUGAAGCUGGACUUCAAUUUUGGGGCUGCACCCCUCGAAGCCCCACCCUCUGUGGUGUUGCUCGCCCUGAAGAACUGCGGGCUGGUACCCCUGGACUGGGCCUUCCUCUUCCCAAAUGACCAGCAGAUUGACCUGGAGCUGUGGGCAGAUCAAGCCGAGUUUAGCGACACAGAGCUGCACCAGAUGCGUGCGCUGGACAACUGCCUGUUCUCCAUCUGUCCCAAGGCCUGCAGGCUGAGUCCCGGGCAGAUGCAGGUGGUGGAGCUCAGAUACAACCACCUGUUCAUCGGCACGGACCGCCUCCCAGUGCUCUUCAAGGUGUCCCAUGGCCGAGAGAUCCUGCUCAGCUUCAUAGGUGUGACAGUGGAGCCGGGACAGAAGUACGUGCACUUCACCUCCACUAGCCACCAGUUUGUCCCUGUCCCCAUGGGGGACACGUUUCCCCCACGGCAGAUUUACGAACUCUACAACGGGGGCUCGGUGCCCGUGACAUAUGAGAUCCAGACCCCCAUCCUGUCGAAGAUUCAGGAACAAAACUUCGACCACCCUAUCUUCUGCUGCCUCAACCCCCAGGGGGAGAUCCAGCCGGGCACGACGACCCCUGUCCUCUGGGUCUUCUCCCCCAUCGAAGCCAAGACCUACACGGUGGACGUGCCCAUCCAGAUCCUGGGAUGGAACUCGGCCCUCAUCCGCUUCCACGGAGUGGGCUACGAUUCCCAUGUCAUGGGGGUCACAGCCCCGUUCCACAACAUCUCCUCGUUGGAAAACAGCUCCACCCACUUUAGGCUGAUGGUUCCUGGACAGAUGAUCUUCCUGUCCCAGUCUUACAUCUCCCUGGGCAACAUCCCUGUGCAUAGCAAGUGCAGCCGCUUGCUCUUCCUCAACAACAUAUCCAAGAAGGAUACCAUCAUCUUUGCCUGGGAGCUGAAGCCUCUAGACUUCGGGGAGGUGUCUGUGAGUCCCAGUGUGGGGGUGAUCCCUCCUGAGGAGUCAGUCCCCUUCAUGGUCACCCUGAAGACCUCAGUGCAUGCCAGCUUCUACAGUGUGGACCUAGUGUGCAAGGUGUACCGGCAGCAGCUCUUAAGGCAGCACCACAAGGAACUGCAGGAGUGGAAAGAAGAGAAGGUCCGGCAGGAAGUGGAGUUCACCAUCACAGAUAGGAAAGUGGAGAGAAGAGUGUACUGCACAGCCUGUGCACCGGUGAGAAAGUACAAGACACUGCCCCCCAUCAAGAGCCAGCAGCCGUUCACCCGGCCUGCCAGCUGGCACCUGCAGAUCCCGAGGGAGGAGUCCUCUUGGCCGUGUCCCGAGCCGCCUGUGCCAGGCAUGCUUAGACUGAGCCUCACUGCCCGCACCCAUGCCAUUGACUCCUUCCUGGCCAACUUCUUCUCUGAGUUCCCCUGCCACUUCCUGCACAGGGAACUGCCGAAGAAGAAGCCCCCUGGGGAAGAAAUCACCGACGACAACUGGGACUCUGUGCCCAAACAGGAGAAGGUGCUUCUCAUCGAUUGUCUUAGCAUCAUCAUCAGACGUCUGUUAGAGGACAAGAACUUCCAUGAGGCUGUGGACCAAUGCCUGGUGGAGCAGGUGCCUUACUUCUGCCAGUUCUGGAGUGAGCAGUCAGCCAAGUUCAUGGCCAAGAAGAGCAGCCUGCCCUUAGUCCCGUUCCUGUCUCCACCUUCCGAAACCUGGGAGGAACAGAAAGGCAAGGAGCCUGAGGAUUUCAAGCUAAGGCUGAGGAGGAAGGGACCCGGGGAGGAGGAGGGGCGGCAAGAGGAAGAGGAGGAGGAGCAAGAGGAGGAGGAAGAGGAGGAGGAGGAAGAGGAGGAAGAAGAGGAGGUGGAAGAGGAGGAGGAGCUGGACAGAGAGGAGCUGGUGGAGGAACAGCUGGAGGUGAAGGAGGAGGAGAAGAAGCCCUGGAUAGGGAUGGAGCCCAGACUGCAUCCUGGGUCCCAAGAGUCCCUGCAGAAGCUGUGGCAGCAGCAGCUGAAGGCUGUGAUGCAGGAGGAGCAGGAGCAGGAAGAGAAGGAGGCCAUCAGCCGGCUCCCGGCCUUCACCAACACGCAGGAGGCGCUGCUGGAGAACAUCAUCCAGAACAUCCUGGUCGAAGCGAGCCGCGGGGAGGUGGUGCUCACCUCGCGACCGCGCGUCAUCGCCCUGCCGCCCUUCGGUGUGACAAGGGUAACGACCCCAGACCCGCCGCAGACCCCUUUGGCAGCGCAGCGGCAGCAAGCGGAGGAGACCCGCCCGGCCCAUCGGCCCACCACCCUAGUCCCGCCGCCGCCCCCUCUUCCCAGCCCCUCCUAA